AUGGUUCGUUGUGUUGCCAAACUGACAGACGAUCUCAUGGUGGAGAUUCUUUCUUGCCUGCCGACCAAAUCCUUUUUCCGGUUCCAAUGCGUCUCCAAGUCCUGGCUCGCCCUUUCCUCAGAUCCCUGCUAUCAGAAUAAGUUCCCUCGUGCGGCGUCUGGGCUCUUCUUCAAUGUCCCCAAUGGAGGCUCGGCGCCGGUUCACAGGGCGAAGAGAGGUAUCCAAUAUAUUAACCUCUCAAACAAUGAUGACGAUCUUUCCAUCGAUACCACCCUCAGUUUCUUGCCCAACAUAUGCAAUAUGGAGGUCAUCAGCUCCUGCAAUGGGCUGCUCCUCUGUCACUCGUGGGUUGCACAAAGCCGAAUGGUUGGUGUUAAGGCUCAGUCCUUCUAUGUCUGCAAUCCCACCACUGGAGAAUGGGCCGUUGUCCCCAAAGCAAAUGAUAUCUAUUACGGGUUCCUAGCUUUGGGCUUCGACCCUCGCAUCUCCCGCCACUACCAUGUCUUCCACUCCGACGUCUGCGAGAUCCUUAGGUUUAUGAUCUUCUCGACCAAGACAAACGAGUGGGUCGUGAGCGAAGUCUCCGAUGCCAAAAAAUAUCACAGCCCACAAGCUACUUUCUUCGACGGAAUUUUCUACGUCACAAACGGUCUGAAACAAGUCUUAGGGGUUGAUCUAGAAGGAAAGGUUUGCCGCAGAAUUGAUCUGCCUGAAUCUGGUCGGAUCGAAUGUCUUGGACGCUCGGGGGGUUCUUUGCAUUACAUGCGGCAAAACAAGGGUGAGAUAAAGGUUUGGAUGCUCAAGGACUACCGUCAUGUCGAAUGGGUGUUGAAGCAUUGCAUUAGUAUCAGAGCGAUGUUGCAUAUACAUGGGAUCCCUGAAUCACAAGAUGUUCAUGCCUUGGAAUUUCAUCCAGAUGUGGAUGUCGUUUUCCUCCGAAUAGGACGGAAGAUCUUCUCAUAUCACUUAAAUCAUGGUAGAUUGGAAGAAGUUGGCGACUUGUACCAUAUAUACGGUAAAAGAUGUGUUGUUUAUUCACCCCGCUUAUCGAAGGGCUUUGGUGAUGAGGUUGCGUGA